CACUGCGCGGGUCUGUCAAAAAUAUGUACCUCAUAAAUGUAUCCGGCUGACGCCUAAUCUUCUGCUUUCAUUCAGUAUUUCAGUUAAUAGUGGGAUACUUUUUGACGGACGAAGAAAACCGUUGGGUUGAACGUUGCUUUCCACCCGUUGUCGGAAAUUCAAGCAGCACGUGAGAGUCCUUAAAUUGGAUUAACGCUAAGUAAAGCCACCGGUGAAUGUUAGUUUAGCAUUCUAGCUAACUGGCUAAACUGACAGUUUCAGUGUACUAAGGAAAAUGUGUGUAUGGACUUCAGACACACACUCUUAGCAUUAGCUCGUAUGCGUUAGUGUUAUAGCUCAAGACACGAAUGUUAACUUUGUAGACACUUCGGUGUGUGUAGCCCUUCACCGUGUCACUCUGUGCGUACGUCACAAACAUUUGCCUCCAAGGUUAGCAUCGUAUACAUUUACCAGUCCGUUUUAAAAUACAUUUGGCUCACAACAUGGACAGUUACAGUCAGCGGUUUGACUCUGGACGAGACAGUAAAGCUCAAAAGAAGAAGGGUACCUCUCACUACAGCACAUCGACUCAUGAUGAGGGAGACCGCAAGCAAAAGUUUCAUUUGCCCUUUAGAAACAUCACAGAUGAUGUGCUGGACAGAUUUGCCAGUAUUCGGAUUCCGGGUAGUAAGAAGGAGCGGCCGCCUUUAUCACACGCCAAACACAACAGCAGCGACUGGUCUACUUCUUCGUCAUCCACCUCACAUCAGUUUGAGGAGCUGUCCGCAAAGAUAACCUCAGAAAAAGAGAUCUUGGCCUUGUUUGAAAAGAUGAUGGAGGACAUGAACUUGAAUGAGGAGAAAAAGACUCCUUUGAGGGAAAAGGAUCUCAACAAAAAGAAGGAGAUGGUCAUCCAGUAUAUGUUUGCUGCCUCUAAAGCUAGUACCUUGAGAAGCCGUCAUCAGAUAUCUUUCCAGGAAUUUCUUGGAGAGCUGAAGUCUGGGGUGAUGGAUGAACGCUUGUUUGCCUGUCUGGACUCAUUGCGUGUGUCCCUCACCAGCAACCCCGUUAGCUGGGUGCAGAGUUUCGGCCAUGAAGGCCUUGGAUACCUGCUGGACAUUUUGGAGAAGUUGCUGUUCAAGAAGGAGCAAGAGAAGAUUGACAAGAAAAACCAACAUAAAGUUGUCCAGUGUCUCAAGGCCUUCAUGAACAAUAAGUAUGGCUUGGAUCGAAUCCUGGGGGAAGAGAAAAGUCUUGCUCUACUUGCAAGAGCCAUUGAUCCCACCCAGUCUGCCAUGAUGACGGAUGUGGUGAAGCUGCUGUCAGCCAUAUGCAUUGUGGGCGAGGAGAACACUCUGGAGAAGGUCCUUGAAGCCAUUACCACAGCAGGGGAAUGGCGAGCCAUUGAGAGAUUCAGUCCCAUUGUGAAAGGACUUGGUGAUCGCUCAGUUCAGUUGCAGGUGGCGUGCAUGCAGCUCAUCAAUGCACUAGUAACAUCUCCUGAUGAGCUGGACUUCAGGCUACACAUCAGAAAUGAAUUUAUGCGGUGUGGCCUGAAAGAGAUAUUGCCGCAACUAACAUCCAUCAGGAACGAGGCUCUUGACAUUCAGCUGAAGGUAUUUAUGGAGCACAAAGAAGAGGACUUGAUGGAGUUCUCUCAUCGGCUGGAAGACAUCAGGAGUGAAGUGGAUGAUGUGGGGGAUGUAUUCAAUAUUGUGCAGAGCACACUGAAGGACAGCAGCGCAGAGCCCUAUUUUCUCUCUAUACUGCAGCACCUGAUGCUUAUACGCAAUGACUACUUGGUCAGGCCCCAGUACUUUAAGAUCAUUGAGGAGUGUGUGUCUCAGAUUGUUCUCCACCGCAGCGGCACUGACCCAGACUUCAGUUACCGCAAGCGCCUUGAUGUGGACUUCAGCCACCUCUUAGAGGUAUGUGUGGAUAAGGCUCGAACUGAUGAGUAUGAACAAAGAGCUUCCGAACUGGCACAGAAGUUUGAGGAAGAGUUCGAGAGGAGACAGGAGGCGCAAGUGUCACUGGUUAAGUGUGAAGAAAAAGUCACUUUACUCCAAGCUGAGCUACAAGCCUUCAAGUCUCAGUUUGGAGCUGUACCUGUGAGCCUGCCCUCUGCCCACGUUCAAUCCUCAACGCUACCAUCCGGGGCGUCCACUCACACUCCAGUACCUGGGUUGCCUGCACCUCCUCCUCCACCUCCUCCUCCGCCUCCUUUACCUGGUUGUCCUGCCCCACCUCCUCCACCUGGAGUGCCUCCUCCAUUUGGUGCCCCUCCUCCACCCCCUCUUUUUGGGUUUCCUCCCCACCACGCGCUGCCUUACGGCCUCAGGCCAAAGAAGGAGUUCAAACCUGAGACUUCCAUGAAGCGCCUGAACUGGUCCAAGAUCUGUCCUCAGGAAAUGUCAGAGAGCUGCUUCUGGGUGCUGGCUGAUGACAACCAGUAUGCGAAACCAGACUUGCUGAGCAGAGUUGCUCUCACUUUUGGUUCACAAAGAACAGAAACUAAAGACUGUGACGACAAUGUACCAGCAGUUGAGCCACCCAAAAAACAAGAGGAGGAUUCAGAGGAUAAGAAAUCCAUAAAGAAGAGAAUUAAAGAGCUCAAAGUGCUUGAUCCCAAGAUUGCACAGAAUUUGUCUAUCUUCCUGGGUUCCUUUCGUAUGCCCUAUCAGGAAAUCCGUCGCAUGGUUUUGGAGAUGGAUGAGGAGCAGCUCACUGAAUCUAUGAUCCAGAACCUUGUAAAGCAUCUGCCUGAGCAGGAGCAGCUGAAUGCCUUGGCCAAGUAUAAAAACGAGUAUGCAAAUCUGUCAGAGCCUGAGCAGUUUGGGAUUGUGAUGAGCAGUGUGAAGCGGCUGAGUCCACGCCUGAGCCACAUCCUGUUCCGACUGCAGUUUGAGGAGCAGGUGAACAACAUGCGUCCAGAUAUCUUGGCUGUAAACGCUGCCUGUGAUGAGGUCAAGAAUAGUCGCUCCUUUGGCCGCUUGCUGGAGCUGGUGCUGCUGCUGGGGAAUUACAUGAAUGCAGGCUCUCGAAAUGCCCAGUCUUUUGGGUUUGACCUCAGCUCCCUUUGCAAGCUGAAGGACACAAAGUCAGCAGACCAAAAGACCACAUUGCUUCACUUCCUGGCACAAGUGUGUGAGGUGGAGUUUCCAGAUGUGAUCAAGUUUAUUGACGACCUUGAACAUGUGGACCGAGCCAGCAGAGUGUCUGCAGAGAAUCUGGAAAAGAGCCUGAGGCAGAUGGAGAAGCAGCUGCUGCAGCUGGAGAGAGACCUGGAGACUUUCUCCUCCCCCGAUGACCCCAGUGACAUGUUCUUCACAAAAAUGGCAAGCUUCAGCAAGGUCGCGCGGGAGCAGUACGGCAAGCUGAAAAUCAUGCACAGCAACAUGGAGACGCUGUAUCAGAAUGUGCUGGAGUACUUUGCAAUUGACCCCAAGAAGACCUCUGUGGAGGAGCUGUUCACUGAUCUCAGCAACUUCCGUUCCAUGUUCACUCAAGCGCUAAAGGAGAACCUGAGGCAGAGGGAGGCAGAGGAGAAACAGAGGCGAGCACGAGCGGCGAAGGAGAAGGCUGAGCGUGAAAAGCAAGAGAGGCAGCAGAAGAAGAGGAGGCUGCUGGAAGUCAAUGCAGAGAACGAUGAGACAGGUGUGAUGGAUAGUUUGCUGGAAGCCCUACAGUCAGGAGCUGCAUUCAGAGACCGCAGGAAGAGAGCACCAAGACCCAGAGAUAACCAGCAGAUGAUCAGCCCCAGCUCCUUCCGCCAGGUUCUCAGGCCUGUUAACUACGAGAACAACAAGGCGCCUUUGCAAAGGUCUCGCGCUCAGCAGAAUACAAAUUCGGCCGCGGUGGAAGCUCCACCUGCAAAGGAGGUCCGUGACGAGUCUGCGGGCCAUCCUUCUGCAGCCAGAGCUAAGCCUGCGGCGAGUACAGAGCCCGGCCGCAGGUACAAGAACAUGCCGGGUCACACCUAUGGGGUGGAAAGAGAGAGGGUGGUGGAGAGAGAGACGGUUAAAGUGACUGAGAAACAGCGGGAUGUUGAGGCAGAGCGUCCAGUCUUUCAGUCGUCCUCCACUGGUGCUCCAGUCAACAGCUGCAGCACCAAUGGAGACACAGACGUAGAGGCUCUUCUGGCCAAACUCAGGGCCUUAUGAGGUUCCAUCUACAGCGUAUAGUUUGUAUACACACACAUAUAUAUAUAUAUAUAUAUAU